AAGAUACUAUGGACAAGGAAAAUAAAUUACCAAAAACCACCCAAACAGUAAAUGACAUCUUACAAAAAUAUAAUCAUAUUGUGAAAAAACGAACCCAAAACGAUAUUCAAAACGAGCAAGCAAUGUCAAACGAGGACAAAAAUGUAGAAAUCAAUUCAGCUGGAAGAGAUAUGAAACUUAAAAGAAAAUACAAAAUUAGGGAUUUAGAAAACUUAGAAAUCGAUUUGCCAGAAUCAUUAAUAGCAAGACAUGAAGAACCUGCGACUCUUAUGAGUAGAGAUAUAAUUGGUAAUGCGUCUAAAAGGAAUAACAAUGAUGCUGACGAUGUUUUCCAAAACAAUAUUUGUAACAUAAAGCAUGAAAUAGAUGAUUUGGAAAAUAAUAUGUUACCGAAAUUUAUGAUAGAAGAAUUAACGGACUCCGAUUUAAAUUUAGAAGUAAGUGAGACUAUACUUAACCCUAAAAUGCUUUUACAAUGUGUAAGUGAGGGUAAUGAUGAAGAAGAUAUAAUACCUCCACCUCCAGAGUUCCGAGACUAUGAUGAAACAUCAUCAAAUUCAUCUAUACAUGAAGCCAAAAUUAAUGUAGAAUAUGAUAUUUUGGAAUCUCAAGAUUACGCAAAUGAAAAUGAUCCAAGAGAGAAUAUAUGUUUUGAAAGGUCUGAAAUCGACUUAAGUCCAUCAAGAGAAGUACAUAAGUUGGCCAAUUCUCCAAACACUCGUGAUUUAAUAUUUUAUCCGACAAUGUCUUACACCGCGAUUGAUAAAAAUAUUAUUGAAAGCAAAAAUACGUCGAGUUUUUUUAAAACGCGUAGUGUAAAGUUGUCUGAAUUUAAAUUUAAACGUAAAAAUAUAUUUCGUAAAUAAAAUUGUAAUUUGUGCAUUAAGACAACAAUAAUUUUGUUCGAGUAUUAUGUAAAGUAGGAUUUAAAUAAAAAGCAUUAAUAAGCAA